AUGACGUUCUUUUCAUCGGCGUCGUCAAACCUAUCCUCAUCGUUUGUAUCUUCUUCUUCUUCUUCUUCUUCUUAUUGUCAUUCUUUUCGCGCGAGCGAACAACAGAAACACGCACUAAAGGUGAUUAUCCAAAACUGUCGACGACGACAACAAUGUCGUCCUAGUCGUUUAAGCAGUGCUCAGAGAGGUAGCGGUAACAGUAGCAUCGAUGAAGGAGUGAAGAGAGCGGAAGAGGAGGAAGAAGAGGAACAAGAAGGUGAAGUGAAAGGCACGGAAGAGCUCUUGAUGUCUGAUUCGUUCGAUGAGGCCGAUUUGCAAGCGCGGGAAAGGAGGCAGAUGCCGAAAACACCCGAAGAAAUGAAAGCGAGUCUCACGAUGAUGAUGGAAACAAAAACUGAAAAAGAGCACGAGGAUAAAAAAACAACAAGCCCAGAGAGCGGGAGCGGCGGCGGAGGGUUGAAGAAAAAUCUCGCCUUGGUAACGGACGAAAACGAAUUGAACAUGCUUUUGCGGGUGUUACCAUCGAGAAUUCGCGAGCAAUUGCAUAAACACGAAAGAAAACUUGAACUCAUCGAAGUCGUCAUGGACGUCGGGAGAGUGCCCUUGGCGAGAUUCCCGGAAGGCCCUGCGGAGCCGUUGUAUUCGAAAGAGAGCCUGAAGAAAUUCGAUGUCUGGGACGCAGAAAGCUCGAAAAUUACCAUGGAUGACAUCGACGAAGCCGUGCGCUUACUCGGUGAAGUUGGCGGAGAUAACCGAGCGGGAAUUGAUGGUACUUUACACCGUAUCUCGAUGAUUAGAAACAGAAGAGGAACCGUGAUUGGUUUGACGUGUCGAGUUGGACGAGCGGUCAAAGGCGCGGCUGAAUUAUGUAAAGACUUAGUGAGCUCAGAAGAAUCGAGCUCGGUACUAUUACUAGGUCCACCCGGUGUGGGCAAAACGACGGCUAUUCGCGAAAUGUCCAGGUUGUUAUCGGCGGAUUUUAAUCAAAGAGUUGUCAUCGUGGACACUUCGAAUGAAAUCGGCGGCGACGGCGACGUGGCGCAUCCUGGCGUAGGAAACUCCAGGCGCAUGCAAGUAGCGGAUCCGAAACUCCAACACGCAGUGUUAAUAGAAGCAGUGGAGAACCACACGCCGCAAGUCGUUAUUGUUGACGAGAUUGGUACGGAGGAGGAAGCAAUGGCUGCGCGAACUAUAUCAGAACGAGGGGUGAAAAUGAUUGCCACCGCGCACGGUCACACGUUAGAAAAUGUCUUGAAGAACCCAUCUCUUUGUGAUUUAGUUGGCGGGGUCCAAUCCGUCACGCUUGGCGACGACGAAGCGCGAAGAAGACGCGGGCAGAAAACAAUUUUGGAGCGAGAAGGUCCGCCAACCUUCAGCAUUGCCGUAGAGAUGCUCGACAUCGGACUCUGGAGGGUGCAUACGGACGUGGCGUCGUCCGUAGAUGCACUUUUAGCCGGGCAAGCUCCGUUUACCGAAUUGCGAGCGCUUCGAGAGGACGGUAUAGUCGUACAAGUUCCCGAGUUUCGCGAAAACUCUCGAUCGUAUGCAUCAAAUAGCGGGCCAGGAGCAUCUGCUCCCAAAUUUGGUGUCGGCGCGAUGCAAUAUCGAUCCCGUCCGGGUUCGGCGUCAACUUCCACUUCUUCGUCGUACGGUAAUCGAUCCUCUCUUGCGACCGAAGCGGCUGUCACGAAACAAUUUAACACGCCCCCGAAUGUUAGUGAAGCGUACGGGUCGUCUGGGUACUUGGGUGCAGAUGAAAGAGACUCUGGAUUGCGACGGAAAGCGCCUCGGCCGUCGGCACCUCCACCGUUGACUUCAGCUGGAUAUGUGGCGCAAGAAAUCGCCAACGCAGCACUUCUUCGAGAACGUAAAUCAUCCGCAUCAGAGGCAGCAGAUGUUAUGAUGAAUCGACGUCUCAGUGGGGAUCGUUCCGUAAAAGAAAGUAUGGAAAACAACGAUGAAGAUGAGGACGACGAGGAUGACGAAGACGACGACGACGACGACUAUUCAAACGGAAACAGCGACGAAGAGGCGGUUCUGUGCGUCUUUCCGUUUGAAUUGAACGAAAGUGAAGUUAGAAAGGUUUUCUUAGAGCUCGGAUUCGAAACUUUAAUUCAUCUGGUGAGUCGUUUGGAGGAUGCAGAUGCAAUUUUGGGCGUAAAAACUCGCGUAAAGAGUGCGAAGUGGUUACGGCACGCGGCAAGAUCGAGAGGUAUUCCAAUUUAUGCCAUGAAAACGGAACGCCCGGUGAGUUUAAUUAAGGCUGCGCGUGCGAUGCUAGGCGAAUCAGAUAUCAGCGCAUCAGAGGACGAUGCGCAUUAA